AUGUCCUUCAACGGUGGUGUUUCCAACUUUGUUUCGGUGGCUGCGCCCGCUACUCCUGCCGAGGCAUGGUACGCCCAAGCGAAUGCAGUCAUCCUUGCCGUGGCUCCUGCUGCUCGGCGCGCUGCUUUGACAGCGUUUAAGAGUCCUCGUAAUGCUCUUGGACAGCGCAUUAAUGCUGGUCUGAUGUUGCAAAUGGCAGUGGUGACACUUGAUACCAGCCGCGGAGUCUGA